UGGGAGUUGAAGCCCACAAGAAAGUGGGACGCCCUUGCAUUAAAAUAAUAAUAAUAACGGUAAAAGUGUAAUAAACGAGGUGGGCGCCAUGCCGCCGAAUCCAGGGGGCGCUGCAGCUCCUUAGUAACUUCCCUUCUCUGGGCUGUUAAUUGCCGCUCUGUACCAGCACUUCCGUUUCAGCGUAAACUCGUCUCCUCCAGAGUUGGCAUUACCACCGAGAAGCCGAGAGGGAGACGGAGCGGUCUCUUCCACGCAUAAUGGCGCAGCUGCGGGCGGAAAGCCGGAAGCCGCUCCCGCCUUCCGUCUUCUGAAGGGGCGUGGCCAGCGACUGAGGUGAAGCGCCGGUUUCCGCCCCGCCUCCGCCUCUCCAUGGCGGCCGGGCGGCGUCGAGGGCUGCGGUGAGCGCCCGGAUGGGCUCCCUCUUCCGAAGCGAGGCCAUGUGCCUGGCGCAGCUCUUCCUGCAGGCCGGCUCGGCCUACGAGUGCCUCAGCGCCCUGGGCGAGCGCGGCCUGGCCCACUUCAGAGACCUCAACUCAAAUACAAGUUUGUUCCAGCGGAAAUAUGUGGGUGAAGUCAAGAAAUGUGAAGAAAUGGAAAGAAUAUUGGGAUACCUAGUACAGGAAAUAAAGAAAGCAGACAUCCCUCUUCCGGAAGGAAAUAUCACUCCUUCUGCUCCUCCACUUAAACAGAUGUUGGAAAUCCAGGAACAGCUACAGAAGCUGGAGGUGGAGUUGAGAGAGGUGACCAAAAACAAGGAGAAGUUGAGAAAAAACCUUUUGGAAUUGACAGAAUACACCCACCUGCUGAAGGUCACGCAGUCCUUCGCCCAAAGAGCUACUGGGCUCGAAUCCUGCGUACAGAGCAGUUACGAAGAAUUCCUGUCUUUCGAUCAUGACCCUUUGGUUGAGUACAAUUGCAUGCACAGACUUGAGGCCAAACUCGGAUUUAUAUCCGGCUUAGUUCACCGAGCCAAAAUUGAAGCAUUUGAAAAAAUGCUGUGGCGGGUGUGCAGAGGAAAUACAAUUGUUUCUUACUCUGAAGUGGAAGAAUGCUUGGAAGAUCCUGAUUCCGGAGAGCUGACCAAGUGGUUUGUGUUCUUGAUAUCCUAUUGGGGUGAACAAAUUGGCCAAAAGAUUAAGAAAAUAUGUGACUGCUACCACUGUCACAUCUACCCGUAUCCCAGCACUCCGGAGGAACGGCGGGCGGUGAUGGAAGGCCUCCAGGUUCGCAUCCAGGACCUUCACAUUGUGUUGCACAAAACCGAAGAUUAUUUACGACAAGUCUUGUGCAAAGCUUCUGAAUCCAUCUACACCUGGGAUGUUCAGGUGAAAAAGAUGAAAGCCAUUUAUCACGUGCUGAAUCUCUGCAGCUUUGACGUCACCAACAAAUGCCUCAUUGCUGAGGUCUGGUGCUCCCUGGCGGAUCUCCCCAACAUGCGUCGCGCCCUGGAUGAAGGAUCUAGAGAGAGCGGUGCUUCCGUCCCUUCCUUCAUGAACACCAUUCCAACAACAGAAACGCCUCCGACUUUGAUCCGGACCAACAAAUUCACCGCGGGAUUCCAGGACAUUGUUGAUGUGUACGGGAUUGGCAGCUACAGGGAAGUCAAUCCCGCUCUGUUCACCAUCGUCACCUUCCCCUUCUUGUUCGCCGUGAUGUUCGGAGACUGCGGACACGGCUUCCUGAUGUUCCUCUUUGCGCUCUUCAUGGUUUUGUUUGAAAAACACCCCAAACUGAUGAAAUCCCAAGACGAGAUCAUGAAGAUGGUUUUUCAAGGACGAUACAUCAUCCUGCUGAUGGGAUUGUUCUCCAUCUAUACCGGCCUGAUCUACAAUGACUGUUUCUCUAAAUCUUUGGUCAUCUUCAGCUCGGGAUGGCAUGUUUCAGAAAUGCCUGGGAUGGACUGGAGCAAGGCAGACUCGACAAAUCCGUCUGUGAUUCUGAAUCCAAAUGCGACUGGCGUCUUCACUGGUCCUUACCCUUUCGGCAUAGAUCCGAUGUGGAGCCUGGCAAGCAAUCGCCUCCCCUUCCUCAAUUCCUUCAAAAUGAAAAUGUCGAUCAUUAUUGGGAUGGUGCACAUGGUCUUCGGGAUUGCCCUGGGGGGCUUUAACUAUGUGCAUUUCAGGAAGACGUACAAUAUUUACUUGGUGAUCAUUCCUCAACUUCUGUUCAUUCUGUCCAUUUUUGGAUACCUGGUGUUCAUGAUCGUCUUUAAAUGGCUGGCUUACGGCGCUGAAAAUUCCAGUUCUGCUCCCAGUAUCCUGCUUCAGUUUAUCGGCAUGUUUCUGUUCCACGAUAACAAGAAGCAAAUCUUUUUCUCCGGGCAGAUGAUCCUUCAGAAAUUUCUGAUAGCCGUGGCUGUACUUUCUGUUCUCGUUCUGUUUUUGGGAAAGCCGCUUUAUUUGUACUGGUUGAACAAUGGCAGCCAAAGCUUUGGGUCCUACAGAAAAGGUUAUCGCUUGGUACGGAAGGAAAGUGAAGAAGAGAUUGCUCUCUUGGCAACUUGUGAGAUGGAAGAGGGAACCAGCCCUUUGAACAACAGGCAUAAGACCGAAGAGAAGGAAGAGUUUAGCCUUUCCGCGGUGUUCAUGGAUCAGGCCAUCCACACCAUUGAAUAUUGUCUGGGAUGCAUCUCCAACACCGCUUCCUACCUGAGGCUCUGGGCACUCAGUUUAGCCCACGCCCAGUUAUCCGAAGUGCUUUGGGCAAUGGUCAUGAAACUGGGUCUUCACAUGGAUGCAGCCUACGGGAUCUUACUCUUGGUCCCCCUUUCGGCCUUAUUCAUGAUCCUCACAGUAUUCAUUCUCCUGAUCAUGGAGGGCCUCUCCGCUUUCCUGCAUGCCGUACGGCUCCAUUGGGUGGAAUUUCAGAACAAAUUUUACACAGGCGAUGGAUACAAGUUCACCCCUUUUUCCUUUCAAGACAUUUCUUUACAUUUUGAUAGAUACAUCUCAUAGUCUGGCUGUUUUUGGCUGUAAAUAAUCAUGUACGCUGACAUCAUCCUUGUUCGGCUCUCUGUAGCAAAGACCCUCACUGAUUUUUGCCUUAAAAUGCAGCCAAAUAAUUUUAUAACGACCCUUAAUCGCCUCUCACUCGGACUUUGAAAACAUGGGACCCUUUGCAAGCAGGCCUUGUCUUCCUUCCGUAAGCACCUUUAGGUUAAUUUUGAAACUGACCUCACAUAUUCAGUUGCUGCUUUUGAACAUGCUGUAGCCAUUUACGAGAACUAUUUAUUUUCUCUAAACAAAACCUUUCAACGGUAGUUUUUUUGCAUACUUCUUUUGGAGAAAGCCCCUUUGAAAGGUUUUGGUUUUUUUUAAGGGAGCAUUAAUCAGCCAUCAAGGCAUUUGCAAUCACUCCUCUGAUUAAUUCCUCUGAUCCUUGUCGCAAAUAUUUCUGGAACUUGAUAACAGCCACUGGGAAUAAAACUGUCUUCUUCUGUAUUUUUAGGAAACCACUAUGAUUUUUCUCUUGCUUGAUCCAAAACACAGGCUUUAAAAGCAGGUUUAGGAUUUCCUCUUUGCGCAAAGGGUGUGACUUUUUCCAAAGAAAUUGAAAAGCUAUUUGAGACUCACAGAGGGACAUAGAAGCAUUGGUUCUGCUUUUUUCUCUUCUACUCUCUUUUUUACAAGAUGCAUUAUAGGCAAUGUGGGAGCUUCCUCUCCGAAGCCUGGAAUCACUGUCUGAAAUUAUUCUGAACACUCUGAUAUGUCUAAUAGAGUUUCUGCUGUGGGUGAAACUCUGGGAUUAUAAAAAAAAAACCUUCCCAGGAAAAUUAAGAUGUUUUUCUGCCUGGCAGUUUUUGACAGCCUACAGCAUGGGCGUCCAGCUUUGGCAACUUAAGACUUGUGCAAUUCCAAGAAUUCCCCAGCCAGCCAUGCUUCUGGGAAUUGAAGUCCACCCUUGCUGGCUGAAGGACUCUGGGAAUUGAAGUCCACAAGUCUUAAAAGUUGCUGAGGUUAGACUCCCCUGGUCUACCACCUUUGCCUCUCCAUGGCCUGCGUUAAUCCAGGCAGUCCUAGUUGUGAUACCGCACACUCCUUUUCCACAAAAAUCAGAUUCCUGUUUAGUCUUGACUAGAAGCCAAUUUUCUGUUGUUCUUACUCUUGUUCUUCCCUAUGAGGAAGAUACCUUUUAAAGGAUUGGUUUGCUGUUGUUGUGUUUUUAAAUGUAUUAAAGGGGAGGUAUUUUACUGUAAAGACUUUCAGAAGUGCCAGUGGAAUCUCAUCUGUUUCUCACCUUCAAAUAAAAGCUGUUUGGCGCUUUUGGAGAAUGAA